AUGGCGGCUGCGACGGCGGCAGGGGCAGCCGCCGCGGCCGCCGCCGUAUCCCUAAUCGCCUGCUACCUCCUCCUCCACAAGAGUAGACCCAACCUCCCGUGGGUCCCAACGGUUCGGUUCUCCCGCGCGAGAAACCGGCGGGCGCGACGGAGGGGUCUCGUGGAGGCCAUCGGCAACACACCUCUCAUUCGCAUCAACAGCCUCUCCGACGCCACAGGAUGCGAGAUUCUGGGGAAGGCUGAGUUCCUGAACCCGGGUGGCAGCGUGAAGGACCGCGUGGCGGUUAAGAUCAUCGAGGAGGCUCUAGAAUCUGGAGAUCUCGUAUAUGGUGGUACCGUAUCAGAGGGGAGUGCUGGAAGCACAGCUAUUAGCUUGGCUACUGUUGCUCCUGCCUAUGGUUGUAGGUGUCAUGUUGUAAUCCCCGAUGAUGCUGCCAUUGAAAAGUCUCAAAUAAUUGAGGCGCUUGGAGCUACUGUCGAACGAGUGCGCCCUGUUUCAAUAACUCACAGGGACCAUUUUGUCAACAUUGCCAGAAGAAGGGCUUUAGAAGCAAACAAAUUAGCAGCAGCACAGAGGGAAUCAAACGAGAAACAAAUUAAUGGUUUAUCACAUGUCGGUUCUGAGAUGAUGGAUGACAAGUUAACAGCUAUGCAGAGAGAGUCAAACAAGAUGCAAAAUAAUGAUCCAGCACAUGUCAGUACUGAAAUUCCACACUGUGGGAGAUGUGAUGUGAUUUCUGAUUCAAAGGGAGUUUUUUUUGCUGACCAGUUUGAGAAUUUGGCAAACUAUCGAGCACAUUAUGAAUGGACUGGUCCUGAGAUAUGGAAACAGACUAAAGGGAACCUGCAUGCCUUUGUUGCAGCAGCUGGUACUGGCGGUACAAUUGCUGGAGUCUCACGGUAUCUUAAGGAAAAGAACAGGAGCAUCAAAUGCUUUUUAAUGGAUCCUCCCGGAUCUGGUCUGUUCAAUAAGGUGACCAGAGGGGUGAUGUACACAAAAGAGGAGGCCGAGGGAAAACGGCUUAAGAACCCUUUCGAUACUAUUACUGAAGGAAUUGGAAUCAAUAGGGUUACUAAAAAUUUCAUGAUGGCAGAACUGGAUGGAGCUUAUCGAGGAUCGGAUAGGGAAGCUGUUGAGAUGUCAAGGUUCUUGCUGAGAAAUGAUGGACUAUUUGUUGGGAGUUCUUCAGCCAUGAAUUGCGUUGGCGCUGUAAGAGUUGCUCAAGAUUUGGGUCCAGGGCAUACAAUUGUGACAAUUCUUUGUGACAGUGGGAUGAGGCAUCUAAGCAAGUUCUUCAAUGAGCAGUAUUUGGCUGAUCAUGGAUUGACACCAACAGCUACUGGUCUGGAGUUUCUUGAUAAAUGA